UGUGUGUCAGCAAGAGAGUGAGUGUGUGCUGUUUUGGGAGGAAUCACAUGGCCUGUAAUCCCUCCUGUUUGGAUCUCAUGACAGCAAAAUGCAGAGGAAACAAAAGCUCCGCCCAACCGCAGUGGCGCGUGUCAUAUCAGUGGCCAGGCGAGACAGAAAGACACACCCCCAACUUAUCAGUACACCAGGCCUGCAUCGGAUGUAAACAUGUUGGGAGAGAUGAUGUUUGGUUCUGUUGCCAUGAGUUACAAGGGCUCAACUCUGAAGAUCCACCAUAUUCGGUCCCCUCCUCAGCUGAUGAUCAGUAAAGUGUUUUCGGCGCGUCUGGGAGGCAGCACCAGCGGCAGUACCAACACGUUACAGGACAGUUUUGAAUCCAUUAGCCAAACUUGCCCUAGCCACAGUAGUAGCAUAGCACACAGUACUCCAGUGGACAUGCCGAGUAGAGGACACAGUGAAGACGGCGACAGUGGCAUUGCACGCUCGGCUUCUCUGAGCAGCCUGUUGGCCACGCCCCUUCCUUCUCCUGGCUCCUCCUUCAGCAGCAGCUGUGCUAGUAGUUACCAAAGACGAUGGCUUCGUAGCCAAGCAACCAGUCUGCAGCACGGACCCAUGCCUCGCUGGAGCACAGAGGAGAUGUUCACUCUGUCUGAUGAGAGCUGCAGCUCAAACCCCGUGGUGAUUCGGAGGAAGAAGAUCGCCAUCAGCAUCAUCAUCAGCCUUCCCGAGAGAGAGGAGGAGAGUCACAACUUCCAAGAGUUCUUCUUCUCUCACUUCCCUCUCUUUGAGUCUCACAUGAACAAACUGAAGACUGCCAUCGAGAGGGCGAUGAUCGUGUGCAGAAGGAUAGCUGAGUCCAGUCAGCGCGUGCAGGUGUAUUUGUGUCGAGUCAUGGAGGCACUGGGAGAGUUCAGGAUGACGGUGUGGAAUCUCUACAUGGCUCCACGGAUCAGCGAGCCCGUCUGGCUGACCAUGGUAUCCCAGAGUGCCGAGCGCGGCCCGCUGUGCCAGCGCUUCCUCAAAGAGAUGAGUUUACUGAUGGAUCACGGGGCCAAAAACCAGUUUCUGCCUGCUCUGCUCACAGCUGUACUGACCUAUCACCUGGCCUGGGUUCCCACGGUGAUGCCUAGCAACCAGCCACCAAUCAAAGCCUUCUGUGAGAAACACACUUCUCAGACUGUGGACCUGCUCGCUAAAUCUCAUCCAUACAACCCGCUUUGGGCACAGCUGGGUGACCUGUACGGUGCUUUGGGUUCUCCUGUGCGCGUGUGCAGAACAGUUGUCGUCGGGCGGAGGAGAGAGUUGGUUCAACGCGUUCUCUAUGUUCUCUCCUAUUUCAUCCGUUGCUCUGACCUGCAAGAAAACACAGAGCCCGAGGGACAGACAGACAAUCCAGCCAAUCCCAGUCCUCCACAGCCUUCUAAUCCUGCCCCUUGCCCAGAGAGAACCAAUGAGAAACCAUCUUCUCCCAUACUGGAGUCUGCCCAUUGCUCUGAAGGGAGCAGUGAAAAUAUCCCCUGUCCUGUAUUAGAAUCUUCAAGUCCCAGCCUUUGUUCUGAAAGGACCAAUGAGAAAACAUUUUGUCCUGACCCAGACUCCACAGACCCCACCCCCUGCCCCAAAAGGACCAGUGACAGAACUGAGAACCCAGAAACAGGGCAGGAGGGUUUGGGUGAGGAUACAGAUUUUGCUGGGGCGGGACUAGAGCAAAUUUUGGCCAAUCAGAGCCCGCUUCUUCACAGAGUGCAGUUCCACAUAGGCAGCCCUAGAGAAACGGAGAAUGACGGACAGCUUAAAGGUCCAACAGGAGCUGGGUGUGGACAGUCGCUGGACAGGAAGUUGUCUCGUCGGCUUUUGACGGACAUCCGACGAAACGAGAGUUCGGACAGCGCUCUGGGAGACAGCGAUGAGGAGGAGCUAUCACCACGACAACAGUGCACGGCAACAGGACUCCAGGAGUACGAGUUACCACUGCCAAGCUCAGAGACAGUGAGCAGACCCAGCGUGAACCACUUCGGCCGUUCUCUGCUGGGUGGCUACUGUCCGCAGUACAUGCCCGACUUUGUCCUGCAGGGCAUCAGUUCGGACCAGCGCCUCCGACAGAACCUCAUGAAUGACCUGGAACACACUGUCCUGCACCCUGCCCUGGACGAGCCAGUUGCCGAGGCGGUGUGUAUCGUGGCGGAUACGGAUCGGCUGAGUGUGCAGUUAGCCACAAGUCAGCGGCGCGUGUGUGAGCCCGGCCGUCUUGGUCGAGACGUCCUGGUCUCCAGCCUGGUCAACUCCAUCCUCACCUCAGUCCUACAGCUAUACAAACUCAACGUCAACGCUGACUUUUGUGUGAUGCAUUUGGAGGACCGUUUGCAAGAGGUGUAUUUUAAGAGUCAGACACUUGCAGAGUAUCUGAGGGGACAGACGAGAGUACACGUCAAAGAACUGGGACGAGGACUGGGGAUUGAAUCCGGUGAUAUUCCAUUGCUUGCUGCAGUGGCCAGCACACACUCACCUUAUGUAGCACAGAUUCUGCUCUGAAUGGACCGUUGAAGAUGCAUGGCUUUGAAUGGGACUAAUCAGGAUAAGAAUGGACCAAUAAGAGAGUGAUCGCAACCCUUCAGAGACCAAUUGGAAGCUAACGCUCUGAAAGACCAAUCAGAGAUCACAGCCUGGCCUUAUGUAAGCCAGUUAAGGCCAAGCACUUUGGACCAAUCAGGAAGCCUCACUUAAACUGUGGACACUGUAAAGGGGCGGUUUUGAAGCCGUUCAUUGCAUUCUUCCUGCCCAUUUGACAGGACACUGUGUUUGUGUGUGUGUUUGCGUGUGUGUG